AAAUUUCACGUUCAGGAGAGUACAUUUACCGAAAUAAUUAUACCAUGUAACAUUAUUUAUCAUGCCUCCUAACCCUACAGAAACGCUCUACCAAGAAAUCCACGAUAGCUUGGAAGAUUGUUGUUUCUCGAAAAAGAAAUUUCUACCGGAAAAGGCAUUCGGGGACCUGUUAACUAGCGAUAGGAUCAAAAGGAUAUUGUCAUAUACAAGACCGCUUAGUAAGAUCCUUCAGAGUAAGACCCUUAUAGAAUACAUUGAGGAGCAUGCAACGCGUGUCUUUGCUAUUCUUGUCUACUCAAGACUUGUCGAUAAGGCAUUUACGUUGAAAAAGCAUGGCUUUAUGGACAAGUAUCUCCCCAUUCAGAUGGGGCCCGGAAAGGCCACAACUUUCCAUCUUCUCGCAGAUGAUGCAGCCCUAAAGUGGUUUGAAAACUGGAAAGCAUCUGAGAUAGCAUCGUUCCAAAACGCACAGUGGCUUUUCCUUGCCCCAGUAUUCACUGAGCAGUCAGUUCUGGAGCAACCUGAUGACACGUGCCCGUUACCCUUCAUCAGUUACGACACUACUCAAGAUGCAGGGAGCUUUGGUAGAAUUCAUAAGGCUCGCAUUCAUAGCAGCCAUAUCAAGGGCUUCCAACUAGACAAGGACUCUACGGUAGCUAUCAAAGAGCUUCACGCAGUCAGUAUUUCCGACAGAGCCUAUGAACUCGAAAUGGACGCUCUCGAGCUAGCUAGAUGCUUAAACCAUGACCAUCUAGUCAAGUUUAUCUCAGGGUUCGAGACGUACAGAAAGCACUAUCUGAUGUUCCAAUGGGUUGGUGGGGGAAAUCUACGCAAUUUUUGGGAGACCCAUUCAUGGCAGCGUAGUGAGCAUUUGAUAUCAUGGGCCCUUGAGCAAAUGAGAGGCGUUUCCAUGGGCCUAGAAAAGCUGCAUGGGUUCAAUUCUCAGAGGAACUGCCGUCACGGGGAUUUGAAGCCCGAAAACAUUCUUGUCUCAGAGAGAUCGGGUGAAUAUGGAGUCCUCCAGAUUGCUGACAUGGGGUCAGCUAAGAUCCACUCGGUCCCAACGAGCCUCAGACAGGUAGGGACGACAUCGCUCGCCGGCACAAUUCGAUACCAGCCCCCUGAGGUACAAACGACCAUUUCAGGAAAGAGAUCACGGGCGUAUGACAUUUGGUCCAUGGGUUGCAUUCUACUCGAACUCACCAUCUGGCUCCUCCACGGGCCGAACGGGCUGAAUGAAUUCAACGAAUCCUUUGAUAACAUGACUCAACCAUUUUUCCGUGUCGAUCAGGAACACAAUCUAUUGCAAGCUAAUGUCAAUAAGUGGAUAGAGCAUCUACGAGAAACUUGCCUCGGUGACUCUGAAGAUAGAUGCGUGAGUCGAGCAUUAAGGGACCUUCUUGGCUUUAUCAACGACCAAAUCCUGAUUGAGAAUGAUGGCGUAGAGAACGACAUGGAAUCCAACGAUACCAAACGCCAAAACACUUCAGAUCCAGGAACACUAGACAUUGUGAUCACCCGAGCAACAACUCGGCGGAAGAAUGGAUCACAGCAGCGGAGGGCCAACAUUUCAGAUGUUGCGGCAACGCUCACAAACAUUCGAGCGAACGUGGAAGUAAAUUAUCUUUACAACGAGGAAGCAGCGACCACAGAAGCCUCAAAGAGCAUAUUGAAGAGUUUAGAGCUUAAGGAGGAAUUGAAGAACGAACAGAAGCUAAAGCCGAAUUGGCCCAACCACCGAUUAGCGAGGCCACAACAGCAAAUUGCAGGACCAGAGUUAUCAGACACAUGGGAAUUUUGCAAUGAUAACAUCUUCGCAAGAGACCUUUUCAGAACCUUAACUUCAACGGCUAUGAAAGAUGACUUCCUCAAGAAUCCAGAGACCCAAAACUCGCCGCCGCUCUGUGAUAACUGCGGGAACAUUUUCCGCGAUGGGUUUUCAUUUACUCUCGGUAAUUCCACCCAACGCUGCGGUCUUUGUCAAGUCUUGUCUCCAUAUUUGAAUGAUUACAUUCAGACCCUCGACGAGAAAGCCCGCAGAAAUGCCCAGAUUGUGCGGAUAGGCUCAUCUUUGGCAACGACUUCGACAGCAACGGCGAUACUCUCUAUCGUCGUUGGCCCAGGCUUUUCCAAUAUCCCUUCACACAUUCAGAGAGGUUUCCCCUACUUGGUGAAAUCUCGAAGCACAACUCAAGAACAAUUAUUCAAGCACUGGCUCGAUGACUGCGACAAGAGACAUGAAAAUACCUGCAAGCCGGAUUUUGUGCAAAAACGUCCAACAAGGUUGGUUUAUGUUGGUGCCUCAUCAAAAGAGUUGAAGCUACUUGAUUCAGAUACUUCGGGUCGUGACUCGGAGGAUGACCGCUAUAUCGCCUUGUCGCAUCGUUGGGGCGAUCCAACAAAUACACUUUUCUGCACAACUUCAAAUAUUGAAAGCUUGAAGAGAUCUAUUAACUACUACGAUCUUCCGAAGAAUUUUCAAGACGCAGUGACAGUGACACGAGGUCUCGGCAUCAAGUAUCUUUGGAUUGAUUCCCUUUGUAUCAUUCAAGGGGAUGGAGGGGACUUCGAUACGGAGUCUAGGCUCAUGGAAGACUAUUAUAGCGGUGCAUACUGUACAAUCUCUGCAAGCUCUGCCGACGAAUCAACAUCUGGGUUCCUCGACAGUCUGUCCACAACUAGGGACACGGUCAGACAAUGCCAUGUACUCCAGAGCCAUCAAGGGUCCUCCAGCUCCGAAUCGACCUUUUACGUAUGCAACAAUAUCGAUAACUUUGCCCGUGAUGUCGAGGAGAGUCCCCUUAGCAAGCGCGGCUGGGUAUUCCAGGAACGAGCGCUCUCGAGACGUACCAUACAUUUCACCAAAACUCAGGUCUAUUGGGAAUGCGGCUUCGGAGUGCGCUGCGAGACCAUGAGUAGGCUUUUCAACCGGAGGUCGUCAUUCCUAUCCGAUCCUGAUUUCCCACGUUCUGCAAAGCAAUAUUAUAGGGGCAUGCGAAUCGAAUUCUUCCAGUACAUCUACUCAAAGUACUCCAAUCUUAGUUUCUCAUACGAAACAGAUCGAUCGGUGGCCAUGUUCGGGCUUGAGCGACGACUGGCGAGGGUCUAUGGUGUGCAAGCAAGAUAUGGCAUCCUGGACAAGACUUUUCUUCACAGAAGCCUUCUUUGGCGGAUAGCGGAUACCGGGAGGCCACUACGCAAAAUUGAUUACAAAAAUAGCCACAGAGUUCCUUCGUGGUCUUGGAUGGCGGUCAUGGGCCCGAUCAAGUACAUGGACGCCCCAUUUGAGCUAAUGGAUUGGGACGUCGACAUAAAAUCGCCUUUCGAGGACCCCUCCCCGGAAAAAGAUCCACAACUGGUUCCCAACUACAUGGUACCGGCAAGAGACGUCUUGCAGGAGGUAGAUCCAAGAAGCCUGAUAUAUGAUCGACCCGAAUAUAAAAACCUGCAUGAAGGCAACGAUCCGGUUCAAAGUAAGCUAAAAUGUGUCAUCGUCGGGCGGGAAAAAAGGGAAAGCGAGGAGGCUCCCCAGGAUCUUUAUGUCCUUCUUAUCAUCCCCACAGAUAUCUCUAAACACGAUUGUACCGAUUACGAGAGGAUCGGUGUCGCUCGCAUCACCGGAGAUGACAUCGAUCUUGAGGGAAAGGUGACCAAUGUGCGAAUUGUUUAGUACGGAUAUAAGUAUAUAUGGGUGGGGGGCUUUGAAGGGGUAAAUUUGUGGGUUUGAGCUAAGUCGCAUCCAGUAAGCGUGACUACCCUUCAUGGUAUAGCGUUAGUGGAGCGAGGCUUUUAGCGGCGGACGGGCGUGCUUAUGGAAAUCAAAGAUGUGGCGUGGCGUGGCGUGGCGUAGGCUGCUUUGAUUCGGAGUUAUCCAUUCUAAUUGCCCAUGGAUCCCCAUCAUCAUUUACUUUCCCACUGAACUACCUAUGUAAGAUCAGUGUAGUCUUAGAUGGAUGCACAUGAAUAUACACUCGUUUCCAUCCAAGCAACA